UAGGGUUAGAAAAAGGGUUAAGAAGGAGAACCACAAAAACAUAGAUUUUUCAAUUAUCAACAAUCAUCACUCCCCUCUUUCUCCUAGUCCUCUCCCACCCCUUCUUUUCCUUCAUCUCCCCCAUUUAACAACCCAAGAAAAAAGAACCCAUUUUUUUCCCCAUUUCUCUAUCCCUUUUCCUUUUUCAUUACCAAGCUUCGUAAUUUCUUGCAUAUUAUCAAAUAUUUCUCAUAAAACCCAUCUUCAAAACCCUUUUAAAAUUCAUUUUUAGCCUUUUUCUUUAAUUUUUACCCUUUUUCUUUUUUGUUUGGUUUUAACUCUAGAUGUUAAAGCCAUGGAUAUAGCUCUUGCAAGCACCGCACCAAAAUCGCCAGAGGCUGAGCCCGAGCCUGAGCCUGUGAGUGAAACACCAACUCGGAUCCAACCCACCAAGCCUGUAUCUUUCACCAACGGUGUUCUCAAGCGUCACAAGCCUCACCACCACCACCACCACCACCAAGCGCCACCCAUCGUCAUAACCUACAAAGAAUGUCUGAAGAACCAUGCAGCCAGCUUAGGCGGCCAUGCUUUAGACGGUUGCGGUGAAUUCAUGCCGUCGCCAACAGCCACCCCAACUGACCCAACUUCCCUCAAAUGUGCUGCUUGUGGGUGCCACCGCAACUUCCACCGCCGUGAACCGGAUGACCCACCACCCACAACAGCUACCCCAACAAUAGAAUACCAGCCUCACCACCGCCACCAUCCGCCACCACCAGCAACGGCAAGUCAACCAAAUCGUAGUCCUAACUCAGCUUCCCCACCACCGAUCUCAUCAUCUUACUACCCAUCAGCUCCCCACAUGCUUUUAGCUCUUUCAGGAGGUCUUACAAACUCCCAUUUACCAGCUGGUGGGCUGACACCAAACACUGCUAAUCUUGGUUCCAACUCAAAGAAAAGAUUCAGAACUAAGUUCACUCAGUACCAGAAGGAUAAGAUGCUGGAGUUUGCUGAGAAAAUUGGGUGGAAAAUCCAGAAAAGAGAUGAAGAAGAUAUUCAAGAAUUCUGCCAUGAAGUUGGGGUUGAUAGAGGGGUUUUAAAAGUUUGGAUGCAUAACAAUAAGAAUACUUUUGGGAAGAAAGAUCAAGCCAAUGGAGGGUCCUCGACUAGAGAUGGAAAUGGAAGUGUUCGAUUCAACCAUGAAGAACAUAACAACAGCAACAACGACAACAACAACGGUCAGAAUCUGAACCAUCACUUCGAAACUGAUAGUGUUGCUCAUGUUGGAACUAAUGGCUGCUCUUCUUCUUCCUCUUGAUGCUGCUGUAGUUGAUGAUGAUGAUCAGCUUCAUUGUUCUUUUUUUUUUUUUUUAAUACCUCAUGGGGGGUGGGGGAGAUAAUAAUCUGUUUAGAUAUAGAGUAAGGGACUUUGUUUAUUAGUUUAAAUUUUGUUCCUAAUUAGUUUAAUUAAGGAUCAUCACGUUGCUGCUAAUAUAUAACCUGGGAAUUAAGAGCUGCUUUGCAAUCCAAAAGGGAAUUUGAUUUAGAA